AUGGGCAAGAUUGCUCGAGCUGUUAUUUGUGGUUAUAAAGGAGUUGGAAAAACAGCUAUAUUGGAACAAGUUAUCUAUGGAAAUUUAACUAAAGAAACAUUCCUCCAAACGACUAUUGAAGACAUUUAUAUUGCGAGUAUUGAGACUGAUAAAGGGACAAAAGAAAAAAUUCGUAUCUAUGACACAGGUAUGGAUUUAUACAUGAACACUAAUCUAUUCAACUUGGAUGGAUAUAUAUUUGUGUUUGAUCCCUCCAAACCUGAAAGUCUUGAUUGGAUCAUCAAUGCCAAGAAGGAUAUUGAAAGAAUGAGGGAAAGGAAAGAGAUAAUAGUCAUUGUGAUCUCUAAUCAUUUUACUCCAUCUCCGGAUCAUGGAGUAGUUUCUAAAGCUCAGGCAUGGGCAAUGCGAGAGAAGUUGCGUAUAUAUGAUGUAUCUGCUCUAGAAAGAAGUUCCCUUUAUGAACCAUUUGUUCACCUAGCGUCACGAAUGAAUGUUCAGCCUAAUAAGUCAACCUUUCCUCAAUUAUCUAUGAGAAAAAAAGAAUGA